GGGCCAAUCCGAUAAGUGAUUCCACACAUGGGGCAUACUUCGACGAUUAUGACCCUCUUAUUGAUAAAAUUUCUUCACACUUUACUAGAUAUACAUUAUCUACUUCAUGGUUAACUAGCUUACAACCACGAU